CAUUUUGCCCAGAGGCGCUGGCGGUGAGGAAAGGCGUCUUUUACUUUUGAUCAGCUGGGAGAGAACCGCGCCUCGGCAGACAGGCAGCUGCGCGCGGCUGGGGCCCCAGUGGAGCUGCGGGUGCUGGGAAGCGGCUUCCGCCUGCGUUCGGACUCGCGGAGGCGGCUCUGACGCGGUGGUCCUUCCUCUCUCCGCGACCUGGCAGCGCUCGCUCGUGGCCGGUAAAGGACAGCUAGUGAGGGCUGGGACGGCGGGGCGGGGAGCCUUCCGCCAGGGCGAACGGGAGAUAGGCAAAGCGCCCCGGGCGCGCGGUGCGCUAGCACUGAGAGACCCAAGUUCUUCAUGCAAUCUCGGGAUUUAUCCACCUCUGUAAAAUCCUUCAUUGACCCACCCAAAGGGCCCGGGAACCUCAGAUAAAGACUCCCGCUCUAGAGACAGAUCUGGUGGUGCCAGUGAGGAAUUCCAUGUCAGGAAGGACGGACGGGUGGACAACCGAGAUGCUGCGGACGUUGGAAAUUCAAGUGAGCAGACGGUACUUCUCUCCGAGUUUGGGAGCUGACGAUUCAGAUGGAUUCCACAUUGCCGUCCCUGGCCUGAUGUGUGCUGCAGGGGACAGAGCAUCUUUGAUGCGGAUCCUUUCAACCAGCAGGCCGUCUGCAGGACAGUACCUGAUACAGCAAGGUGAGUGCCACACUCAUUUAGAAGAGUCAAACCCUUGCAAAUUUGGCUCCUUUUCUAUUAUGUGAAGGUCAUUUUCUGCUUUUUUCAGUGAAAUUAUGGAUUGGAACCCACCACAUGAAUUAUUCCUUAGUUGGACUGGUUAUUUAUAAUUAAAGGGAAUCUAAUCUUUUGACAGCUAAUAUUUUUAAAUGCUGGGGUUAGUUGGGGAGAGAAUCAUGGAGAUCAGAGCUCAGGGGCUGGGGAAAACAUAUGAACAUCAUGGAUUUAUCUUUCUGGAAACUAGGCUAGAGAGCAUUACUCCUAGGAGACUCAGGUAAGUCUGUGUGUGUAUUGGUAUUUGUGGUGGGGGGUGCUGAGAGUGAAGUGAAUCACUGAUAGCUGCUGCUUGAUUUUGGUGGGAAGAGUCUAGGGUUUGGAAGACAGUCAUGGGUUUGAAUUCCAGCUAUGUCACUUACAAACUAUGUGGCUUUUGGACUGGUUACAUAAUAUUGCUGAGCCUCAGCUUCCGUAUCUGUAAAGUGGAGAUGAUAAUACCAAGUCUACAUGGGAUUUUAGAAGGACAGGACAUAAUUUGUGUAAUGAAAUUAGCACUUUGUAGACUCUCACUAUCACAUUACAAUUGGUUUCUGCCAGUCCUGAUGCUGGCCAUCUCAAAAUGUGUAUGUUUAUUUAGUUAUUGAGACUGUCUUCAUAGCUUUUAUAGAGACUUCAUGGGAGGCUGGGCCUCCUUCCCUUUCCAGAAUGCUUUUAGCACUUGUGAAGGCAUGUCUUCUGGCUAAGAGUUGGAGAAAAUUAAGGCAACAUUUUAAAUAAUAAGACACUAAAAAAUGCUGUUAAUGUUAUGAUUAGUGUUAAGGAACACAUUUAUUCUUCAUUGAAAAGUUAAUUUCCCUUUAAUGUUUGUACUCAUUUAAAUCAAAACAGUCACAAUCAAGAGCAGAAAAUAGCUGCUCUUGAGUAUUAGAUGUUAACUAUUGCUGUUACAUAACCAGUUUCUUAUUGUUUCAUGAUGGUAUUUUUGUUAUUUUAGGUCCAAGUUCUCAUUCUGCUUUAUUGUUCUAGGCAUUGUCAGUUGAUUAGAUAUUUCAGUUGGUUUUAUAUGAGAAAAUUUUAUCCUGAAGUCUUCUCGAGAAAUGCACGUGAAUUUUUCUAAACAACUUAUUUUCUUGAAAAUACUUCUCUUUUAUUCCUCUAGUGAUCUGUCAGAUGAAAAUGUGGCAUCAUUUAUUUCUUCCUGAAAUGAAGCAUUGCUUUUACAUUUGCUUUGUCCUUAGAGUAUCCCAUCAUCUCACCUGGGAUGAAAUGAGGAGAAGCAGUCUUUUUGCUCUAAGUAAUUUUAUAAACAAUAUUGAAUGUCCAUAAUGUACCACACACUGCCUUAAAUACUAAGUCUUUAAUAAGAGAAGCUCCACUCUUCAGAAGGUCCCUCUGUUUGGAGAGACUAACAGCUCUUCCCAGCCUGGCUGCAGUAACUUGGAGAUGAUGUGGGCCUGGGCUCCGUGGAUACUCCCUCUUCUCUGCAGAUUCAGCCUGGCAGUUCUGCCUGCUAAGCCUGAGAAUAUUUCUUGUGUUUUCUACUAUAAGAAAAAUUUUACUUGCACCUGGAGUCCAGAGAAAGAAGCCAGUUAUACAUGGUACAAAGUUAGGAGAACUUACUCUUAUGGACAUAAAAAUGAUAUUUGUUCACCUGAUUAUUCUGCAAGUGGAAAUCAUGCUUCAUGCUCUUUUCUUCCUCCAACAAUAACAAACCCAGAUAACUACACUAUUCAAGUGGAAGCUCAAAAUGCAGAUGGUAUAAUUAAAUCUGAUACAACACAUUGGAGCUUAGAUGCCAUAAUGAAAACCGAACCACCUGAGAUUUCCCAUGUGAAACCGGUUUUGGGUGUCAAACGAAUGGUUCAAAUAAAAUGGACAAGACCUGUAUUGGCAUCUGUUUCAUCUACUUUAAAAUACAUGCUUCGAUUCAGAACAGCAAAUAGUGCCCACUGGAUGGAAGUCAACUUCACCGAGGAAGAUAUCAACAGAGAUGAAACAUACAACCUCACAGGGCUGCUGGCUUUUACAGAAUAUGUUGUAGCUCUGCGAUGUGUGGGUGAGGAGUCGAUGUUCUGGAGUGGCUGGAGCCAAGAAAAAAUGGGAACAACUGAGGAAGAAGCUCCACACGGCCUGGAUCUGUGGAGAGUCCUGAGACCAGCUGAAGCAGAUGGAAAAAGGCCAGUGCAGCUGUUAUGGAAGAAGGCAAAAGGAGCUCCAAUCCUGGAAAAAUCACUUGGCUAUAACAUAUGGUACUUUCCAGAAAACAACACUAAUCUCACAGAGACAGUGAACACCACGAACCAGCAGCUUGAACUGUAUCUGGGAAGCAAGACUUAUUGGGUGUCUGCAGUUUCUUACAAUUCUCUCGGGGAGUCUCCAGUAGCCACUCUGAGGAUUCCAGCUAUUGGUGAAAACUCAUUUCAGUGUAUUGAGGCCAUGCAGGCCUUCCUCACUCAGGACCAACUGGUGGUGGAGUGGCAAAGCUCUGUUCCAGAGGUGGACACAUGGAUGGUUGAGUGGUUUUCAGAAUCGGCCCCAAAGCCCUCCACCUUUUCCUGGGAAUCUGUGUCUCAGGCCAGGAAUUGGACAAUCCAGCAAGAUGAAUUAAAACAUUUCUGGUGCUAUAACAUCUCUGUGUAUCCAGUACUGCAAAACCGAGUGGGCAAGCCAUAUUCCAUGCAGGCUUAUGUCAAAGAAGGCAUUCCAUCAGCAGGUCCUGUGACCAAGGCGGAGAACAUUGGUGUGAAGACAGUCACGAUCACAUGGAAAGAAAUUCCCAAGAGUCAGAGAAAUGGUUUCAUCAGCAACUAUACCAUAUUUUACCAAGCUGAAGAUGGAAAGGAUUUCUCCAAGACAGUCAACUCCAAGACCCUGCAGUAUGACCUGGACUCCCUGACACAGAACACCUCUUACACUGUUCAGGUCAUGGCCAGCACCAGAGCUGGGGGGACCAACGGCACCAGGAUAAACUUUAAGACAUUGUCAGCCAGUACCCAUGAGGUUAUCCUGGUAACUUCUCUGGUUGGAGGAGGCCUUGGCCUCGUCAUCCUGCUGGUGUCAUAUGGUCUCAAAAAACGCAACAAAUUGAAGCACCUAUGUUGGCCUGAUAUCCCCAACCCUGCUGAAAGCAGUAUAGCUACGUGGUGCGGAGAUGGUCUAAAGGGUAAGGUAAAUCUGGAGUUUGAUGAUUCUAUGAACGCAGAAGACCGGAUUCUGAAAUCAUGUCCUGUCCCCAGUGACCUUAUUGACAAGUUGGUGGUGAACACUGAUAAUUUUCUGGAAGAGGUUUCCACAGAGGAACUUGAAAAGAGUCAAGAGAACAUAUUGGGAGGGAGAAACAAUGAAUACGUGACCUUGCCCGGUUGUCCUUAUUGUCUCCCUGUUUCAACCGAGAUUCCACCCAGGAAGUCCCAGAACCCGUGUUCUGGAAUGCUGGAGGGGACCUACUUAAAAGCCAAAGAUCAACCUCUCUCUUCUGCUCAAAAUAUAGGACCAGACCAUCUCUGUGAGGAAGGAGCACCAAAUCCAUACUUAAAAAAUUCGGUGACAACCAGAGAAUUCCUCAUGUCUGAAAAAUCACCAGACAAAUCCAAAAGAGAGUAAAUGCCGUCAUGGCUUGAGCCCAUGUCUCAGUGUGGACUGUUCCUGCAGAGAGAAGAUCCCCUGACUUGGCCGGAAGGGCUUCCUUGGCUGUCUCCCACCCUGCUUGUGUGAGAGAGAGUCUUGCACACCCUCGAGUGGCCAGAUGACUGGGUGGGCACAGACUGUAAGUUGCCUGAGAAGAAGGGCCAGUGAGAAGUCUGAGGCUUUGUGGAUGAAAAGCAGUUUCUUUCUUUUGUUCAGAUAAGUUCUCCCUGAGGCCCCUGACAAGUGGGCCCCAGAGGCGGGUUAAUC